AUGCCCUGGCGGCCUCUGCCUCGCAUUGCCUUCGCGGUCGCCACUUACCCAUUCCAACCCGAGUCCCCCGCGGACCUACCCCUCGAGCUUGGCGAUGAAUUGUAUAUAAUCGAACAGGGAGGGGCUAAUGGCGAGUGGUAUCGAGGCUACCUGGUAGCGCCCCCUUCCCUCCUUGCGGGACUCACCAGCGUGAAGGGCCAGACCCUGGAGGCCCGCGUCUUCUCCGGCAUCUUCCCCAAGAAUUGCGUCGAGAUUCGCGAAGUGCUGGGCGACGCGGAGAGUCGCAAAGUGUUGGAGAAUGGUGACCGGUCCAGCAGCGCCCUGGCGAACGGUGUUAACGGGCAUUUGAGGGAAACCGCUGCGUCGGAAGCGGGAGAAUACAACAAUGAUGGCGGCGAUCGUCUGAGCCUGUCCCUCCUGAAGGAUGAGAAUGGUGCGCGCCCACGUUCAGUCGCCACGUUCCGAUCGGCAUCGGUCCCCCUGACCCCCAUAUCGGUUUCCGCGCGCGAUCCAAAUGCGCCCAAGCCCGCCGCUCCGGUUCCCAUGCUCAAAAUUGGCGAUGAAACACCAACCUCGUACGAAGAGCCCUUGAUCGACGAGAUCGCUUCCUGCUUGCGAGAGUGGCAUUCAACAAAUCUUCACGAGCUGUUGCUCAGCCGUCAGUAUGACGUCCUGGAGAGCAUGUCUAACAUCGUGCAGGAGCUGGAUCUCGCCAGGAGACAGCUUCUGCACGACGUGCUUACCGGACAGGAGAAAAAUGCGGUGCGGCAGGAGACCGUUUGGAAUCUCGUCCGAGGGAACAAGAUGCUAACGGGCGAGGUCAUCGUGCGGGAUCCGAAGCAACGGGGCCGCUUGCUCACUGGCGAAGAUUCAGCGAUUGAGGUGACCAAGCUUCAAUCGGAGAUGAGCAUGUUGGAAAGUGACCCAACGCAGCAUAGCGACUCAGUCUCACUCCAUCAUCUUCUCCUUGAGGUCAAAGCGGUAUCAGGAACAAAUUCGGGCCCGGUGACGCUCGCCCUCUAUCUGUCUUCAAGAGUGGAUAAUGGUGACCUGAAACCUUUGUCGGAAACCUACACCUUAGACGUUCCAUCCCCGGAAAGCUUCUCGUCCUUGGCGCACAGCAGCAAAUUGAAGACCUUGUUUACGGAGCUGUGUGCGGCCGACAUUGGAGAAGGUACUGGAGGGAAUGCGCAGCUCUAUCUUGUCGUUAUGAUUCAGUCAGCAGAGUCGCCUCGCCCGUCGUUCCCGCGCAUGCCCAAGUCUUCCAGCUCACGCGAUGGCGCAUUAGCCAGCCGCAGCGCGUCCAAUCUCAACAGUGUCAAAGGCAGUCAAAGGGGUCGACGCAGCGUGAUUUGGACUGCCAAGCCGAAAACUCCGGGAAAUUCUGAGCCUGGAAAGGAAAAUACGACGAACCCACCGCAGUCAAGCGACUCUAACAGCAGCAGCAAAGGCGCCAAGGACAGUACCCCUGCUAAGGAAGGUUCUGUCAUUCGUACCGUUGGAAUUGGUAUCCUCGACGUCACCCAAAUCCUGAGGCAGGGCAAGGAUACUGAGCAGGUCAUCAAUAUCUGGUCCCCACUCGGCGAGGAUGAUGAAGAGGACGAUCACACCGAGGGAUUCGACGAACUUAUCCGGUCGAUUCUGCCUAGCCCGACGGACCGCUAUGCGAGGUCGUACCGCGCAUCGCGACUUCAUGUCCAUCUGUAUCCUUUCGUCGAUUCGGACGCUGAUACCCUUGUGCGAAACAAUCCGACUCUGAUGCAUAACGUAACUCAAACACGGAGGAUGGGGUUCCCUGCCGCCCCUUCGAAGCCAAGAUCCGACAUCUAUCUUACCAUCUCACGGGCUAUUUUCCCACAAGACGCCCUUCUGUCGCAUCCUCAGGCUGGUCAGGUACCUGUCCCAGUCACGGCGGGGUUCCGUAACCUCCAGUUGACCCUGGAAGUGCGGACCGCAAGCGGAGCUCGUUUAGAGAAGUGCAUUUUCGCCUCUUCUAACAGCUCGGGACAUACUGCUUGGCGAACUACCGUCACCGAAAGGGGUUUACCUUGGGGCCAGACGAUCCGUUUGAAAAUCCCGACCGACCAGGUGCAGGGGGCCCAUGUCAUCAUGAGCAUUGCGGAUGCUCCUGAGUUCCCAUUUGCUUUGUGUUGGCUGCCACUUUGGGAUCAGCAAGCAUUUUUGCGGGAUGGCCGCCAUUCCUUGCUCCUACAUGCCUAUGACAAAGUGACAUCGAACGUGGAUGAGAAUGGUAAAGGCGCCUAUCUGAAUCUGCCUUGGAGCGCUCUGGGCAAGAAUGAGUCGGCAAAGGACGAGGCCGUCACGGGACCUUUGGCUACAUUGCAAGUCGAAACCUAUCUGUGCAGUACGGAACUCUCUCAAGACCAGGUCAUCUUAGGCCUCAUGAACUGGAGGGAGAAGCCUGGGGACGAGAUCUUGGAGCUACUUAGACGGGUCCUUUUCGUGUCAGAAAUAGAGAUCGUCAAACAGCUUCGGGAUGUCUUUGAUGCGCUUUUCGGGAUCCUAGUUGAGAAUGCGGGCAGCGAGGAAUUUGAAGACUUGAUCUUCAACGCGAUGGUGACGGUUCUCGGUAUUGUCCAUGACCGACGGUUCAACCUCGGGCCGCUCGUCGAUCAUUACACGGAAAAGCAGUUCAAUUUCCCUUUUGCCACGCCUUGCCUGAUACGAAGCUAUCUCCGCCUUCUGCAGACUAGCACUGAUUCCCCGCAACAGUCACGAAAUCUCCGCGCUGCCUUCAAGGUCGGACGGCAUAUACUCAAGUUCAUCAUCAGUGCCCGGGAGCAACAGAAGGCCAAAGAGGAGGGUAUAGGGAUCACAAAGGUUCAGCCCUCCUUCAACCGAGAUCUUCAUGCCAUCUUCAAAUCCCUGGAGAACCUGAUGCGAAACCCUUCUCCGGCCCAGGUCGGCAGCAAGACCCUUGUGGUUCAGCAUUUCCAUACCUGGCUUCCGGAACUCGAGAAUGUGCUGAGCAAGGAUGAGAUUAUCAUGAUUGCUCUGAGCUUCAUGGACGCCUGCAAAGAUGUCAAGGGCAUGCUGAUCCUCUACAAGCUGGUGUUGAUCCAGAACUACACCCGGCUUUCGAUAUUCUCCUCUGGCGCUGAAAGACAAACCCUGAUUUCCAGCUGCAUUGGCUGGCUAGACCCGUACUGGGGAUCUACAAACGAUGUUUCGGAUCAAUAUCGUGAUCAAAUCCGCCUGUGUUGCUCCAUCGUGGCAGAGCUAUUAAAACAGCCAGACCCACAGCUGUACGCGUUCAUGCCCAAGAUUGCGGCCUCUUAUUGCGCGGUCGUGUCGGACGGUGUUGAAGAGACAAGCUAUCUUUCUAUGCUCUACAGCAAAUCUUUUCCGUUUCACGUGAAGGCCUCGAAUCGGAAACAGAAGUUCGAUGAGGCCCUUGUGGAGCUGGCUGGACUGAUGGCUGGUAUCUCGAAGAUACCGAACCCCAAACUACCACAUCUCAAACAAGAUGAUCUGGCAACAUUCCUCACACAUGCUCUUGAAGCGCACAAGUCAAUCAUCAGCUGCGAAGCCUACCCGAAAGACUGGCUCAGUCUGCAUAUUUACCACCAUCGAGCGACGGUGAAGAGUCUCGAGUAUCUGUCUUCGAUCCUGAUUGAAUCUUUCCUCCCGGCACCCGACGAUGCGGAUACCUUUGACACCAAGUUGUGGGAACUUUUCUUCACGACGCUACUAAAGGUUGUGUCCAGUGACGCGCUCGCUCUGGAGACAUUCCCCGAGCAGAAGCGCCGGGCGGUCUGGAAAAUCGGCGGUGAUGUCCGCGAGCAGGGUGCUGAGCUGUUGCGACACGCCUGGGAAGCCAUCGGCUGGGAUACGACUGAGGAGGAGAGAACCCGUUACGGGCUGAAAAAGCUUGGCGGCUACCAAGUACAAUAUGUACCAAGCCUGGUGCCUGCGAUUGUCGAGCUGUGCCUCAGUGUCCACGAGGGUUUGCGACGCGUUGCAGUCGAGGUUUUGCAGACAAUGAUCGUCAGCGAAUGGGAUCUGAACCAAGAUUUGUCUAUUAUCGAGACGGAAAUUAUCUCCAGUCUGGAUGUCCUGUUCCAGACAAAGCGCUUGAAUGAGAGCAUCACUCAGAAGUUGUUUAUCGGAGAGCUGCUUGAACUUUUUGGGUUGAUCGCAACUGUUGAUGAAUUGUUGGAUCUUCUUGUGGCGUGCAACAGCGGCGGGCUUACGGACAGUCUGCACACAUUGAGACUCAUGGAGUUUAUGAAAGACCUGGACCGGGAGGACAUCUUCAUCCGAUACGUUCACGAACUCGCUCAAUCGCAUGCCGCUGAACGCAACUACACGGAAGCGGGUCUUGCGCUACAGUUCCACGCUGAUCUUUAUGACUGGGAUGUGACGAAGCUUGUUCCUGCACUAUCCAAUCCUGCCUUCCCUGAACAGACCGCAUUCGAGAGGAAAGAAGCGCUGUAUUUCGAGAUGAUCCAGCAUUUCGAGGACGGCAAGGCCUGGAGUCAUGCUCUUGCAUGUUACAAGGAGCUUGCGGAGCAGUACGAACACACGGUCAUUGACUUCUCGAAACUUUCGAGGGCCCAGAGCUCUAUGGCUAAGAUCCAUGACGCGAUCACCAAGGAGCACAAGCUCUACCCACGCUACUUCCGUGUCGCUUACAAAGGCCUUGGUUUCCCACCUACCCUUCGAGACAAGCAGUUCAUCUUCGAGGCGCCACCGACGGAGCGCAUGUCCACUUUUGUGGAUCGUAUGCAAAAGCAGCAUCCUGCGGCACAGGUUAUUUCCUCCGGGGAACUCGAGGACCUGGAAGGCCAGUUCCUGCAGAUCACCGCCGUCAACGCUCAUAGAGAUAUAACACACCCCGUGUAUCAGCGGUCCAAGGUCCCUCACUCGGUGAGGGAACAUCUCCUGAUCUCCACGCCAAUACGGUUUUCUUUCACGUCGAAGCGUCAUACCAGUUCAACUGACGUCAAGGAGCAAUGGGUCGAGAAGACUGUGUUCACAACUGCUGAGCCCUUCCCGAAUAUUCUCCGUCGAAGUGAGAUUGUUGCCACUGAGGAGGUCGCCUUGACACCCCUGCAGACGGCAAUUGAGCGGACUUGGCGAAAGACGCAGGAAUUGCUGCUGUUGGAGCAGCGGGCUCGUUCAGGUGACGAUCCAAACCUCGCUGGUCUCACAGAGGCUUUGACUCAGCUACUUGAGCUUGGAUCGGCACCGUCUAGCUGCGUAGCCCUCUACCGCCAAUUCCUGACGCAAGAGCCUAAGGAUGAGCUGCCUGAGGAGGAAGAAGGGGAGGAAGCAGAGCCGAAGCCGGUUGAUCCUCUGGAGAACGCCCUUGCGGUGGCUCUGAUUGACCAUGCGCUGGCGAUCAAGCAUUGUCUGGCUUUGUAUUCUCGACCCGCCCAGCAAGCCUUGCAAGCCGAGUUCAUGCACCGCUUUGAAGAUGCCUUUGGUCCGGAACUGGCGUCACUCUCGGUUCAUCCCCCGACGACGCAGCAGUCUUCCCAGGAUUUGUUGCCUCGGCUUGGUAGCCGAUCUUCGCCUGUGGCCAACGGCGUCCAUCGCCGAGAGGAAUCCAGCCUAGCAGCACGGUCUACCAGCCCGGAACAGGAGCUCAUCCGCGCCUCUCGCUCAGAAAACAAUCGUAAGCACACGUCUGCAAAACCCUCCAUCGGUCGUCGUAUUAGCAUCGUCAAUCCUUUUAAGCGUUCCAACCAUGGAGCCACUGGUUCUACUGCAACAGCGACUACUGUCCAAGGAUCGGCUGACGCGAAACAUCAGUCUGAAGUAAAGGCCAAGCGGAAGUCUAUGGAUCAGCACAGCGUCUCAACUCGGCAAGAUGACGAUACUGCGACCGUCCACUCUCGGACCACCAACCGGUCGCGGGGAGGCAGGAGCGAAAAGCGAAGGAGCUGGUUUGGCGGGGAGAAGUUACAGAGACACAAGUCCUCGACAUCUAUGGCUGAUGGUCACGCGGAUGCUUCGGCCUCGAUCCAUUCCCGAACGCGAAGCACAACAACGAAGUCGCAGGACGAGGCUAGUCGCUCCCACGCGGUGAAUCAUGACCUUGCGUCAAAGAAGAGCAUGCCUUCGAUAGCUGGCUCUGAUUUGAGUGCCGGUAAAACUGCGCUACCUGCAGCGUCGCAUUCCGAGCGACCUGCGACGUCGGGGAGCUCUGGAUAUGCAACAAAAGACGGAGCGGGCGUGACAGUCUCGCCGACGAGCAACAGCGAGAGCCAUACUUCGAAUGGCGGCGUUCGAGACUCGGUCAUGAAACGAUUCAGCCUGCUGAAAGCCGUGGGGAGGAAAGCCAGCCGCCUCAACGUGAGAGAUGGGGGUAAUAAUGGAAGUGGAGGCGCGAUUGCAGAAACCCUCCAUGAAGAAUGA